UUUAGAUAAUUUUGAAUCAUUGUUCGUCGAGAUGUAUAUUAUACAAAACUCCAUUGGGGAGUACAUAAAAAAAUACAUUUUACAAUAAGUUGCUUAUAUUAAACGGCAGGCUUUUAUUAGCAGUAGUAGAUUUUUGAAAGCUUUAUCGGGGUUUGUUCACAAGGCAAUGAUCAUGAGCGUUUUAGGUGGUGUUUUCUUAAUUCUGUUAUUGUGGUAGUCAUACAGAAGAGCGUGGUCUGCAGAAUUUCAUUAUAAUUGUGAGCGAAGUCGGAUUCAAUAAAUGCAAUACAAAAAACUGUUUUUUUUACAUUUUUAUGUUGUUGCCUUUUUGCCAUCAAUCUAGUUCCGCCACUGCCAUUGAAAAUUCGAACCAUCAUUUAGUAACAAGGUAAUCCACCUAGGAUCCUAACUAACGACUCAACGCUAUCGACUUUUUUUUCUGAUGCGAAAAAAAGGUGAAAUGAAGAAACUGACAUCUAUCAAAAUCGCCCAAAACGAUAAAGUUUAUAUCCAGGCGAAUUGUUGCAUAAGGAUCUCACAAAUCGCGAAAAUAAAUUAAAUUUGUUACGAUCGUUAAAGAUGCAAAAUUACUCAAGGUUGUAUGCAAUGGCACCUUUAAAAAUUUACUCAGUGCUCACAGUGUUCAGUGUAGUUUUAAUGUUUAGCAAUAAGCAUAAUUCACAUUUAAAAAUCGACCAUCGAAACAUUAUAUAAAAGUGACUAUUAAGCCUUUCUAAUUACAAAAUUGUGCAUUUUUAAUUCCUGGUUCAAGAAUCACGACUUGAUAUUGAUUUAUAUACCUUUCCUGUAUACCACUUUAUUAUUGGGUACAACAAUAAAAACUACGUUGAAAUUCCAAACGCACUUCAUAUGGGUAGCAAUAUGGGGUAGUAAAAAACCCAGAGCUUAGCCCGUAUUCAAAUAUAAGCGAAUAACCGACUCUAACCAAGCAUUUUUGGUUUCAUUAGCAAAAGCUGUUCUCCCGCGAUGAUUCGGCAGUGUGCGCUCACUUCAAUAUCUUAUCGAAAGAUGUUUUUUGUUGCUGUUCGUAUAGCAGUACAAGUAUUAAAUCAAAUACAUAGGUGAGCAUCAAUCCGAGCUUAGCUGAGCAAAGUUCGAGCUGUGCAGACAAUCUACCGCUGUAGGCUAGAGAGGUCACAGUUUGCUUGUUUUGUACUUAACAUAGUCAAAUAAAAAAUUGUUCGAAGCAUCCCAAAGUAUGGCAGAUUUACGUGUUUUGCUCCAUUUAGUGGCCACAUUAAAUUCCAUUUUUGGUCUAUAUGGUUUUUCUAACAUAGAAUUUCCAUCAGAUUUAAUACCUUUCGGAGUUAAGUUUGGAGGAAUUUGGAAAUAUCUCACUAUUUGGAAUUCGGCAAUGCAAGUUAUCUAUUUUACUUUGAGCCUAAUCAAUGAUUUAAUCGGAAGCAAUGAGCUAGCGCCGCGUCGAGUUCCGAUGACGCGAAAAAUUAAGGACUACCUUUUUGCGGCUUUCGUUUUCCCUGGAGCCAUGCUCGUAGCCAUCACAUUUUGGGGCAUUUUAGCUAUUGAUCGGGAACUGAUUCAUCCGAAGGUACUGGAGCCGAUCUUUCCUUACUGGCUUAAUCAUGCGUUACACACAAACAUUGUAUUAUUUAUGCUUCUGGAGCUUUACACUAGCUUCCGGCAGUAUCCAUCGCGGAAAAGCGGUCUUGCUGGGCUGCUUACUUUUGGAAUAGGCUAUCUGACAUGGCUGCAUGUUAUCCAUAACCACAGUGGAGUGUGGGUAUAUAGUGUCAUAGAGGUGCUCGCGAUGCCGCUGCGUUUCGUAUUUUUCGCAUUCAUAAUUGGGCUUUCUAUCGGAUUGUAUCUUUUUGGUGAAUUAUUCAACAACAGUGUCUGGGUGAGAGAAAUGUGGACGCUGCGUUCCGCAACCAGAAAGUCGAAGUUAACGUAAUCGUAUCGAUGAUUCAAACAAUAAAGACUUUGUCUGUAUCAAAUCAU